UUGAACUAAAUAAAUGAUAACUAUGAUUAUCAAGAGUGGUUUUUUAAAUACUGAAGUUACGACAUAUUGGCGACGAGGAUAAUGGAUGAUUGAAGGAGUGCCGGUUUGAAGUCGGAUGCUACUGGAUGGGUUCCGUGGGCUGACGGUGGACCGAAGUUGCUAGCAAAGAAUUCGAGAGGCUAACAGUGGACCGGAGGAUUCAUAGGAAAAAACGCAAGGAUGACUACGGUGAUAGGCACCCUUUCUGCCUUUGACGUGAAGGAGCAGACAUGGGAAGAGUAUUGUGAGAUACUUGAGCAGUUUUUUGAAGCUAACGGAAUUGAUAACGGAGACAAACAAAGAGCGAUCCUCAUCAGCGUGGUGGGACCAGCCACGUACAAGCUCAUAAGGAACCUGGUGAGUCCAGAUGAGCCCAGCUCGAAAACAUACAGUGAGUUAAAAACUUUAAUGAAAGAGCACUUCAACCCCAAACCGAGCGAAAUUGUGCAGAGAUAUACAUUUGACUCGCGCUCCCGCCAAUCCACGGAGACGGUCAGUGCAUACGUAGCGGAGUUGAGACGAUUAGCACAUGAUUGUAACUACGGUACUACAUUGGAACAGAUGUUGAGAGAGCGGCUUGUGUGCGGUAUUAAUGAUGACAGGAUUCAAAGACGCCUGCUAUCCGAAACAGACUUGACUUUUGAGAAAGCAUUCAAAAUUGCAGUAGCUGCAGAAGCUGCUAGUAAACAUGUUCAAGACCUACACAAGGCACCGUUAGCAUGCAACAGCAUGAAGACGGAGGGAACGUUGAAAAAGGAGGGAGAUGGAGAAAGAGAUAAAGAAUGCUAUCGAUGUCAGGGGAAACAGCGAGCGGAGUGCAAAUUUAAGGAGGCAAAGUGUCACUGUUUUCCUUACGCCAUGAGAGCAAAGGUAGAAGAGGAGAUCGACAGGCUGCUGAGGGAGGACAUCAUAACUCCCGUUAAAUACGCUGAGUUCCAGAUCCAGUUUUGGAGGCCCUGCCUGCAGACUGUGCCAUCACUACUUCCGUUCGAGAGAAAAUGGCUGCUCCUGAUACAGCCCAAGCACACCCUUCAGCCGUUGAACAGCCAGAUGCAGGAGUAG